GCCACCGUAGCGGUUGUCGAAACCGGAAGUUUACGUUCGCGAGUCCUGCAGGGAUGAUUCGAGAGUGUGUUUUUGUUUUUAAAGUGUUCGUUUUAACAGACACAUCUGAAGUGCCAACCGCCAUAAAACCCUAGAAGAAGAAAAAGACACAUCUGAAUUUAUGAGAAUUGUAUUAAUGUCACUUAUUUAGAAUGGCUGCUGACUUUUUAGUGACGUUGUAUGAGUAUUCUCCUCUGUUUUACAUUACCAUCAUCUCUGUGUGUUUCAUAAUCACUGUAGCUGUGGUGCUGGGCUGGUUUGGAUUUGAUGUUCCAAUUAUUUUACGCAUCUCAGAUGACACUGAAUCUCUCGUACCUGUCCCUGAGAGAAAGAUGGUGCAGGUUGCCAAUCCAUUUGCCUUGGAGAUAGGCUCUACAGUUGGUACAGCUACAGUAACUGAGGGUCUGAGUUUGCUGGCAUACUGCCUUGAAGACUGUGUCCUCUGUUGUUUCUGGGGUUGUGAGGUCCAUGCUCUCCAGACAGCCCUUCAAAGUCACCAGCGUGGCCCUAGACUCAGUACCACAUGGCAGUUUCAAGAUGCUCUGGAGUUCAGCUACCACCACUGUCAUAGCUUCAACUAUCCUUUCUAUAAAGACAAAAAGGAGGAAUGCUUUACCCGAAUGCCACCAGAACUCGGAGUGACUAAUUUUGGGAUACUGCCCAGGGAUCGUUACCCCCUGGUAGCUGUCUUAAUGCUCAACAAUCCAGAAACCAGGGACAACUACAACAUUAUGGCUAGUGUGACAGUGCUCCAUAUUCCUGAUGACAAAUACAAAAUCUCUGCAAGAAUCUUGUUUCAGUAUCUUCUCACAGCACAUGGCAAUGUCUACGAUUUGAAACCUCUCUUCAUGUCAGCUGACAUCAGCAACUUCUCUGGAACAGCUGAACCAUCAACUAGCAAAAAAGGGGUCGGGCUACAACACAAAGCUCUAGAUGAUAAGAGGGAGCAGUCAGAUUUGUCAAUGGAGUGGCCAGAUUACCAAGGCAGAGAUUGCGUGGUGUGUCAGAAUGCGGCAAUAAACAGAGUGAUGUUGCCUUGCAGACAUGCAUGUGUAUGCGACAGCUGUGUACGCCAUUUCCAACAUUGUCCGAUCUGCAGAGCUUUUGUCAUGGAAUCUUUUGUUCUGUCUAACCAGCCAUCUCAUGAUGAGGAAGACAACUUAACAGAAAAUUAAAAUGGCUGAAAGUCAGUUUUACAUUAUAAACAAUUACUUGCUGGACUGGAAAGAAAGGAAACAGAAGCAUCUUUAAGGUAAAGAGAUGCAGACAGCUGGCCUUUAACUUAUAAGAAUGGACACCUGCUAUUCUAGCAUUGUUAUUUUAUGCUUCUUGUGUGUAUUUGCUUAAUGUAGGAUUUUCUCAUUUGUGUUUAAAGAAGAUACAUUUUAAAUGCAUUAUUUAGCCUAACAAAUAUGUUUUCAAAUGGUUAAUUUUUCGACAUUAUCUUCAUAAAAGAAACUUAGCAUUACUUUGAAAUCCCAGUUAAGUCCGUGUUUACACCUGCUCCAGUAUUUUAGUCUGAAAGGUAUCCUAGCUAGCAAUAGCCAUCGAGGUUACAGACCUGAUAUACAGCAGUGCAACAAAUUUGAUAAAAAGGUCGAUUUAAGAGGGGGGAAAGUAUAAAGAAAUGCAGAAAAGUUUUGAAUGCUCAGCAAAAAUGUUCUGAAUUCAAGCCACAUUAUGCUAUAAAGACAGUUAAGCACGGUGGUCAAAAUGUUUCAACAAGACAACCCCAAACAAACAAGCAAGCGGGCAAAAUCUUGGUUCCAGACCAAAUUAAAUUAAACUUUAUUUAUAUAGCCCUUUUCACAAUUUUUUAAUUGUGAAAAGAAGCUUUACAUUAAUAGAUGCAGGAGAAAACACAGCAAAAUCAAUGGACAAAAUAAGCAGAAAAUACAGCGGCUAAGAUUAAACUGUACUAGCAAGCAUAGUAAUUAGGUAAUGCAUAGAAUGGGCUGCUAAGUUAAGCCAUGUCAGCUGACUUCCCAGGGGUUAAAAAAACACUAGGAGAAAAAACCUGGCUUGAACCCUUGAGAGAGAGCCAGACAUAGCUGAUUCUAUUGGAUAUAUUAUAUAAUAGGUACGAUUAUAUACAAUUUAAUGGGAAUUUAAACACUUUAAAUAAUUUAUAUAUAUAGACAGACAUCGGCUGGGCAUCACGUUGAAGGAAGGCCAGUAGAUCAAUGGUGUGAUGACCUUCACGGCAGCUGGAACUGGGUCUGUUAGUCUCAUUAUUGUCGGGAAAAGACGAACAAAAUCCUAUUAGUGCUGCGUAGGGGCCAUUCACAUGAAAUGCAAGAGGCAUACAGUAUUGUGGUUUAAUAUCCGCUCGGUUCCAGACAGGCUAACUAUUGUGGCAAAGUAUAUUACCCAGACAAGUGAUGUGAGUGCUUUGUUCAGAACAAGCUAACUAGGGUCUAGGUAAGAAAAUGAUCUGCCACCUUUAGACACUUUUGAUAUUCUAGGGAUAAUUAGGUGGACAGAAUUUUGCGACCACAGUGGUUUGUAUUCUGAUUGUAAUUCUUUAAUAUAUGAGGGUGCUAGGCCAUUUAAGGCUUUUUAGGUGUUUAGCAAUGUUUUUAAAUGUAUGUGAGAUUUAACUGGUAACCAGUGUAAAGAUGCCAGAAUUGGACUUAUGUGGUCAUACUUUUUAGAUCGAGUAAGCACUCUUGCGGCAGCAUUUUGAACCAACUGAAGCUUAUUUACUAGACCUGUUUGAGUCGUGACUCACUUUGGAUCUUUAACCCGGAUCUUUAAAUUAACUCAUGAGUCGCGAGUCUCUAGUGUCAUUAACCCGGAUCAGUUGAGUCCUACUACAAUUCAAUGUAAAACCAUAAACAGCGCCACCACACACACAAACCUCUUUCAACAUUAUUGAUGAGACUUCACUCGCACUACAGAUCCACUCGUAACAGGCUGAUAUGCGCGAGAACUGACCCGAGAUUCUCACUCAGAGCCGGAAACAAUGCGGGCUCGAGAGACAUGCGAAUCUGCUCUGACUCGAGAAUCUCUCAACUCGUAACUGGCUGAUCCGUAACUGGCUGAUCCGUAACCAGCUGAUCCGUAAAGGGGUGAUCUGCGCGAACUAUCUCUCCGGCUCUGGAGAGAGAUUCUCUAUAUUAUUAUGCUAUUGUUAUUAGGCUUAUUUUUUAAAUGUUCGACCAUACACACCAAACCUAAAACCUAUAAGCAUGUUUCAGAAGUGAAAGGCUUUUGUUGUGGAUUUGCUUUUGAGGAGACUUCAGUCGCUCUAUAGAUCCACUAACCGGCUCCGGCUGAUCCACGCGAAUCAGCCGGUUAGUGGAUCUGUAGAGCGAGUCUCAUGUCCAUGGUCUGCGAGUCUGCAAUGUUUCCGGCUCUGAGAAUCUUGUGUUGCGUAGAUCAGCCGGUUACAAGUGGGUCUGUACUGAGUUUCCUUGGCAAUUUAGCAAUACUGACUCAAGUGACUCAAGUGAUUCACACAACCCGGAUCACUUUAGUGAGUGACUCACAAUAACCCGGAUCCUUAAAAGGAAUCGAGUUUGCCAGGCCUAUUAUUUACCUGAUUUGAGUGGCAUCCCCGAGUAAUGAGUUACAAUGGAUUAGCUUAUCUGCAUCUGAUGCAGACAGCAUAUGGCGUAUUUUUGAGAUAUUUCUAAGAUGGAAGAAUGCUGUGUGGGAGACAUUGGAGAUAUGACUAUCGAAAGAUAGAUUGCUGUUGAACAUCACACCUAGGUUCUUGACAUAUUUUGUUUGGAGCAAUUUCAAUAAUAAGUAUCUAUCUUUUCGGAGUUUAGCAUAAGAAACAGACCUGCAAACUUGUCGCUUUUCGGCGACAAUCGCCGUUUUCUUGGUCAAUUGGGUCAUUCACGUGAAUCGCAUAGAACCGGAGAGUUUUUUUGAGGUGUGGGGGGGGGGGGUCGGAAGGCUGCCCUUUAUCUGAAUGCAAUGCGGGCUAGAAUUGCCAAACAUUAUUGGAUAAUUCUUAUACUUGACAUUUCUCUGGGCCAAUCGGAAUCUUAGCACUUCCUUCAGAAUCUUGAAGACAGCGCGGUCCUUUGGAUGAGAGACACACCUCUACCACGCGAGUCUGAUGGACACUUUUAACGUGAAGGAACCAUCUUAUUUGAGGUAAGUCAACUUUUUUGUACCAAAAACGACAACUAUUUGUUUGCUUGAUUUAAUUAGCGUUAGCUACCGCUUAUAUUGUAUUUUUAGGAACGAGUCAACGCCGAGUAAUGCACAAACGUAGACCUUGCAUAAAGUUUGCCUAUGCUUCGAGCAAAAUGACUAAUGUUAGCUAACUUAGCAGGACGAUUGUUAGCUAGGCUUAUCGUUACCCGGGUGUUCUGCCCGGAGUUCCGAGAUAUACGGCUACUAAUCGAAUUCUGAGCUAACGUUACCCUGAGUAACUUCAUUACGGUGGCUGUGGUGCGCGCUUGCGCAGGCAGUCAUUCGUGAUGUGGGUAAAUGUGACUGUUUACACAACAGCUGAUGCGAGAGUAAUGUUAAAGGAAAACCCACCCUUUUUCAACAUUUUCCUAUGUUUUUACCUCAACUUAGACUAAUUAAUACAUACAUAUCUUUUUUCAAUGUAUGCACUUAAUCUUUCUACAUCGCGUUGUGAAUGUUUUAGGAAUUAGCCAAGCCCCAUUCAUUCCUGGUGGCUGUAUACCUGGUAAACAGUCAUUUUUAACAACAUAGGGCUGUUUAGAUAAAACAAUCUGGCGAGCGUGUUGUCCUAGGAUAAUACACCAACAGCCAAUUUCUGUAUAUUAAAGGGCUACAUUUUGCAUCAAAGUCUGUCAAUGAAAUCUUUACAUUGUAUUGUUAGUUGAAUUUACAUUAUGAACACUUGCACUUUGAGAUUGUUUAUUCAAUGUAAGGAGCCCUACAUAUAAAAUGCAUUAUUAUUAUAAUUAUUGAACAGAAAUGUAUUUUGAUAUUCAAUGCAUAUCAGCCAUACAGUAUGGAGACACGUUGUUUUAUCAUAUUAGUCCUAUGUAUGAUAGUUUGCAAGGUUAUAUUUUAAUGAUUUUAAUUUACUUUCAGGCAAUGGUUCUGGGCACUUUGGUGGAGCACUCGUCAACCUUGCACAGACGCCGGCUGAGGACAAAGUGGCUCUGUCGCACGAAGCUUUCACGAACAUCAGCAAAAUUAUAUUUUUUUCAUUUCUGUCUGUCUCUUGUUGUUUUUUAUUUCAGUGUCAUGCUUCACAACACCUCCAGGCGUUUCCGUGAGUUGUAAAUAAAAACAUUUGUAAAAUAUUAAAUGUGUCAUUCACUUUAAGCUUCAAGGAUGUUUUAACAAUGUUUUUUGGUUAAAGUAUGCUGAUUUUUGUUAAGUCACGCUCAGAAUCAUAUUAAAAUCACAAAAAUAUAGAGCUGGGGUAACCCUAAGCGCCCCCCCCCCCCCCCGUGCGUGCGACACUGUCACCUUUUUUACUCUGAGGAGUUUGCAGGUCUGAAGAAAGUUAUUUGCCAUCCAGAUACUAAUAUUGCUAGGAUGUGAGGAUAGGUAAAGCUGGGUAUCAUCUGCAUAGCAGUGAAAACGUAUAACGUUUCCUGAUAAUACGUACUAGUGGUAACAUAUAUAACCAAAAUAAGAGAGGAGUAGUUGUUAUCCGGUGGCAUAUUUCAAAAUAUGAUUUAUUACCCCCUUUGACAGGUGGGCGGGACUAUCAAUCAAACGGUGUACAUGCUGUCUAGUUUUGAGAGUCGUAUAUUUUAUGGCUUUUAGACAGCGUCUGUCCGGAGUGUGCGUGUUUUACGAUGUGUCAAUCAACGUGUUGUUUUUUCCUGUGUGUGUGUUUUUUGUCACGCGUAUGUUGUCAUGUUUAUUGCUGUCAAAAAGUUUAUUGUUUUAGGCUGCACUGUUAAACCUUACCAGGCUUUUUAGGAGUAAAUUACUUGCAACACUGUUGCCAGCUAGUUACUGUACAGCAUCUGUAACGGUGACUUACUGGCAACAGUGUUGCCAGUAUACUACUGUGUCUAUGACAGUACAGUGAAUAACUGGCAACAGUGUUGCCAGUAAUUUACUGUCUCUGUACCAUUACGGUGUCUUACUGGCAACAAUGUUGCCAGUUUUAUACUGUAGAUUAGUAAUUACAGUUAAUAACUGGCAGCACUGAUUUCAGUUAAUUACUGUACGGUACUACAUGCUUCAGGUAUAAAUGCCGUACUCAUUGUGGUACUCUAAAACUUUUGAAAGAUUAUUUUUUUAUGUUACUUUAUUAAAAAGGAGAAAGAACCCCAAAAUAUUUAGACAAAUACACUUUAUUACUGUGGCAAUAGAUGUCAGGAUCAGAGGACGGAUGAACCCAAUCACAGAUGAAGUCGGGGAAAACAGAAAACACUUUAUUUACUAACAUAAAACAAAACCCACGAGGGGGUACACAACAUGAAACACCGUAAGCAGACAGAUAACACUAAACUUGACAAGAUAACUCGGCUAGAUAACCACAUGAAAACGAGAACAAAACAAAAUGAACCUGCACAGAACUAAGGACACAAUGACAUUAUAUAGAAAAACAAACAAACAAGAUAACGAGGGGGAACAGGUGAUGGGAGAAAACCAAUGAUUACUAAUAAGCAGGAGAACGAGGGGGUGGGGACAAGAGACAAGACACCGAAGGCACAUGACCCAAUAAACAAGGCCAUGAACCUUCACAUAGUGCAGGGAUGGGCAACUUCGGUCCUGGAGGGCCGGUGUCCUGCAGAGUUUAGCUCCAACUUGCCUCAGCACACAUGCGUUAAAGUUUCUAGUAUGCCUAGUAAGACCUUAAUUGGCUGCUUCAGGUGUGUUUAAUUAAGGUUGGAGCUAAACUCUGCAGGACCACGGCCCUCCAGGACCGAAGUUGCCCAUCCCUGACAUUGAGCAUGGGACUGCCAGAACGCCAAACUGCCAUCAUAACUAGAUAUAAAUCCAAAACAAGACUCCUUGGCAGGAUCCUGACAAUAGAUAAAUACAUAGCACAAGGAAUCACAAAAUUAAACUAAACAGAACUAAUUUUCUGUAGAAUUGGCAAAAUAAGAUUAGAUAACAAAAAGCAAUAAUUUAAACAAAGAACACUGCCACUGCAUGACAGUUAAACCAAAACUAACAAAAUCAUACUCCAAAACAAUGCAAUCAAAUAACAUUCAGGUUAUUUAUUGGUAGUGCGACACGUAGCAAAAAAAAACACAUAUGGCAAAUUGUGAAAGGGUUUUCAGUGUAAUAGACAAAUUCUUUUAAGACACAUAACAAAAUCAUGUCAAAUCCCACCCUCAAAAAAAAGAUAUCCGUUGUCAUCAUUGACCCUCAGGUUAUUCCAAACCUGCAGUUAUUCAACAUAAUUUAAAUGACCUUCUUAUAUUCUUACAAUUCAAGGAUUAACAAAAAUGCUUCAUAUAACAGGAAGUAGAAACCAGAAAUUAAGCUCUGUUUUUUGCACAGGCCUACUAAAGGGUUAAUGGUGCCACAUGGUGAUCAACAUGAAAAAUUACAAAUUUUACCUUUUUGCAAAAGGAUAAAUACUUAUUUGGGAAGUUCACUUAUAAACUUUUUAAAGAGUUACAAUCAUGGAAUUUUUGUAAAUAUUUGGUAAUUUUGAUCAGUAUUGAGGUUGAUUAACAGAUUAAUAUAUUUUUUUAUAUUAAUCUGAUAAAUUUUUACAACAGUUUCACUUAGUUGGCAUUUUUUGGCCACGUACAACACGAAAGGGCAGUCAAUUUGAACAAUGCACAAGGGUUAACGUUGAUAGGAGAUGCUAAAAACUUGCUAAUCAGGAAGCUAUUUGGAACCUUAACUUUAUGUGUUUUAAAGACAAUCACAAAUAUUUUAACAGUUUACUUACUCAUUUUCCGCUUUUAAACAUACAAAUCCACUAUUAUAUUGUUCAACACAGCACAAGUAAACAAACAAACAAACAUGUUUAUCAAGGCAAAUUGGUGACACCUGCACCUGUGGAUGUGUGUAUGUGUGUGUGCCAGUAAUUUACCAGAUAAUAUUACAGUUAUUUUCCUUAAUUGGUGCAAAGAGUAUUUUACUGUAGUUUAUUAUUAGUGCAGCAUAACUGCACCUCAUAUCACAGUAAAAUACCUUUCACCAGUGUUAAAGCUAAAUACUGCCAAUUUUACAGUUAUUUACCCAGAAAUCUACAGCAAGGGUUAACAGUGUGUCCAGUUUUCUGGACUGUCAUGUUUUAUGAACGCUUCUCUCCCUCCCUCCCUUCUCAACCAGCCGUUCUCAAGCCCCCAGCCCCCAGCGCGGUCCUGUCUGUUUCUUUAGACGAAAACCUGUAUAUUUUAAACUAAAUAAAAUUUUAACCGCUUCACGAGGUCAGUGAGUCUUUUCAUGACCUGCUCUCUAUGUUCACGUGCAUUUAAGAUCGCUCACCGGUGGUGAUACGAGCCGGGUGCGUGUUAAUAUUGGAUUUUUU